AUGAGGCUCAGUCGUGGAGCUCAGCUCAUCAUCUGACAUCUGCUUGGUUUUGAUUUGCGGCUCUGAAGCUAGCUAGCUGUAGCAUCAUGAAUCUGUGGUUCAGUAGUCACUUCCUGGUUGUGGGGCUGGUUCUCAGGAUCUCUGCUCUGACACCUGAAGAAUGCCAACCCUUGGUCACGCCUUUGUCUCUGGCCGAUGCCAACAUGAUGUACGGAACGAAGUACUUCAUCAUGGGUUACACCAGUACUGAACAAUAUAACAACAUCCUGAAGAUAACCGACAGCUCCUUGAUGAAAAUCACCCCAUCGCCAUCCAGCACCAAUGAAGUUCUCAUGUAUCAGAACAACAAGAUGAAUGGAUCAUGCUUUAGCUUAACUGUCAACGUAACUCUUGACGGAAACAUUGCAACAACAUCGCUCAAAAACAUCACCACGACAUUCCACGUGCUCCCAAGUUGUGACGGCUGUCUGGUCUUCAGCGGCAACAGCACCGCCAGGAACCUCAAAACGUUCUUUCAAUCUGUGAACAUCGACAACUCCUUUAACGAAGAGGAGGUCACCACUCAUGUUCUUUAUCUGAUGGGCAAAGAGUCGACCCUGAAGGAUUCGGACCUGGAACAUUUCAAGCAGCAGGCGAGUUGCCUCGGGUUCUCCAGAGAGCCAGACUUCCACCACGACCCCAAGAAAGAUUUCUGCUCUGAAGACGAGGGCCUCCAGAUAUCGCUGUAGUAAAAAACAACUUUGAUGAUAAAUAGUCCAAACUGGAAGUAAAGAGAAUCAAACGUGUUUUUAUUCAGAAUUUUCAUGCCCUAAUAAAUGAUUUUCAAA